AUUGAGUUUGAGAAGGUCUGCAGGAGGGAGGUGAAAGUCUCAGGGCUGUUGGUUAUGAGGGAUGUUGCAAUCUCCAAGUCCGAGUUCCUCCCAGACCGGAGUGUGGUGUCCAAACUCCAGGAUUUCCAGGAGGACCAGGAACUCUUCAGAUACUGCACCCUGCCACAGAUUUUGAAGUAUAUUGAUUGCUUUACUGGACCCAACAUUAAGACUAUGCACACUGUGUUAAUCAACAAACCUCCUGAUGCAGGGAAGAAAACAUCUUGCCACCCCAUGCACCAGGAUCUGCACUAUUUCCCGUUCCGGCCUGCCUGGACCACCAUGGAGAGAGUGGACUGCAGUAGUGGGUGCCUGGUGGUACUGCCUGGAACUCACAAGGAUACAAUGAAACAGCAUGACUACCCUGAUUGGGAGGGUGGAGUAAAUAAGAUGUACCACGGAAUUCGUGAUUAUGAUCCAGACCACCACACCUGA